UUCAAAUGUUAGGACCCCAAGAUGAGCGGACAUUGAUGCUCAAUGCCAAAACCACUGAUUUCCGUGGCUCUAAGACCCUGAAUGAUAACACACUUGCCAGAGAUACUAGGAUUGUUAAUAACCGCACUGUGAUAGACAAGGAUAUGGGCAAGAUGGAGCUAUAUAAAAAUGACCAAUCCCGGCUCCCAAAGCAAUUUGAGAAGGAGUUGUUACAUCUCAAAAAUAUCAACGAUAGACUUUCAAAAGAACUUAAAAAGUGCCAGUUCAUUAUGGGAGUUGAACCUCCACAUCUGGAGGAUAUUUAUCUAGGUAACAAAGAAAAGACGGAGGAAUUUGAGGAGCUACUGAAUAUCAUCAACAGCUCAUACUACAUGUCUCCCCUCUUGCUAGCCUACGACGACCAUUUUUACACUGUAGAGAGGGAGCUGAAGUCCUCCCAUCUAGAGAUUGCCAAACUCCACGAAAACAUGAGAAUACUCGAGAUGGAAAACUCCAAGCUGAGUGAUAACCUUGAGCUGAAGAUCAGGGAAUACUCCAAACUUGUCGCAAAGACCAUCCAAAAUUCUGAUAUUUUAACCGAUUUCCAGGUAGAGAAGAAGGAGAUGGACGAAAGACUUUACUUGUUAACUGAGGAGAACCAGAUGCUACUCGAGCAAGUGACAUUACUUAAGCAGCAUUACGACACAUUCAAUAAUGAUUAUAGCCAAAAAGUAGAAGACGCUGAAAGAAAGAUAGCUUCCUAUGAUCAGCUGAACUCUCAGUAUAAGAAGGCUUACACAGAAUUAGUUGAGGUCCAAAAGAGCAAUCAGUUUUUAGAUAACAAAAUUAGAGAAAGAGAGAGAACCUUAGGUAUGAUCGAGGAAAAGAGGAAGGCUGAGGUCAAGGAGCUUAAUAAGCUCAGAACCGAGCACACCCUCAUGCAGCAAGAAGUCGCUUACUACAAAGACCAAGUAGACAAGCAGAGCUACAAAAUCUCUCAAGACCAGACCUCUAUUGAUAAAGAGAUCAGGUUACGCAAGGAUCGAGAAAGCAACGCUCAAGAUUUGGUUAACCGCCUUGAAGAUGAACUUGAGAGAGCCAAGACAGAAUGUAAGAGGCUUCACAGGCAAGUUAAGGACAAGAAUUCCGAACUGAACGAACUAGUCAAGCUCAAUGACGACUACCAGAGCCAACUCCAGGAGUUCAGGAACAAAGAUUUCGAUAGCUCAGAGCUUAGCAGAGAAUACAAGGAAAAACUUGAAAAAUUAAAGUUUGAGCAAGAGAAAAUGAAGAUCAAGGAGGAUAACUACAUCAGACAGAUCCAGAAGUUAGAGGAAGAUCAUAAAUCUGAGAAUGCUCGCAAGGAAGACAAAUACGAGUCCAUGAUCAAGGCUAAAGAAGCUCGGCUUAACAAGAAAUACGACGACCUUGAUGACAGAUACACUCAAGCUCUGAGCGAAAUUGAUCAUCUCAAGUCAAUGAUAGAGCAGAAGGAAGCUCUAGUACGGCAGAUCGAGUCCGAAGUAAAUGGCUUCAACAGGAAGGAAUCAAAAAUCAGGGAGCAGUACGAGGUCCAGCUAAAGGAGCUUAAAUCUAGCUACAAGAACUUAGAGCAUGACGUUGCAAGAAUGGAGGCUGAAAAGGAAAAGCAUGAGAUUACUAUUGACAAAAUCACAAAAAGUUCUAGGGAUAAUGAGAGAAGACUGGAGAGCCAAGUAGAUGAACUCAGAAGAGACCUUGAGAACACCAAAGAUGACCUAGAGAAUUUAAGAGAGGAAAGAAGAAGACUUAUGGCAAGAGUUGGGUCAUAA